AUGUCAGUUUUGUUUUUCCUAAAGUCAAUAACCAGCUCCUUUGCUGAGAGCGGUGGAGGUAAGGUGUUUUUGUUCCCAAGAGAGUCUAACACUGCCUAUGUGCGCAUCAUGCCCAAGAAACCUCUGAAUUUGCAGGCCUUCACGCUCUGCAUGCGCGUCGCCACUGAACUCAACAACCAGCGAUCGACCAUCCUGUUCGCUUAUCGCACUGAGCAAGCUGAUGAGCUCAACGUGUGGCAAGAAUAUGGAAAGGUUUAUCUUUAUCUGAGAAGCAGUAGUGAUGGUGCAUUUUUUGCUCUACCACCACUGUCUGCAUUCCCCACUCACCUGUGUACCACCUGGGACUCGAGCACUGGAGCCACCACGUUUUGGGUGAAUGGACGCCGCAACCUGCUGAAAAUCUACAGACGUGGCCAUAAGGUAGUGUCAGGUGGAACUAUAAUUCUUGGACAGGAUCCUGACUCAUAUCUGGGCCAGUUUGACAUUAACCAGAGCUUCGUGGGUGAAAUUUCAGAUGUACAAAUGUGGGAUAGUGUACUGACUGCAGGUCAGAUUGAGCUGCUGUAUAACAAUCGGUAUGAAGCUCCAAUUGGGAAUGUGCUCGACUGGAACUCUCUCCAGUACCAAAUCUUUGGGAACGUGGUUCAGGUGUCGGACUAA